AAUGACGAAUUCAUACGGAUCACUCGAUGAACCCCAAAGGGUACGAACGAGAUCUGGAAGAUUCUCGUUUACUACUAUCAUGAUUUUAACUUUAGUUGUAAUGAUAUUUAUGUUUAUUCUUAGUAAUUUUGAAAAUAUCUUUGGUAAUGGCAAUUUUAUACUUACUACGGAAUCGAAUCUGAUUAUUGCAAAGUAUGGUGCUGUCGCAUCUGAAAUAGUAAAUUGUUCGCAAUAUGGCGUUGACGUCUUGAAAGAAGGAGGAAAUGCUAUUGAUGCUGCAAUAACUAGCAUGAUAUGUGUUGGUGCUAUUAAUUCAUUUGCUUCUGGAAUUGGAGGUGGUGGAUUCAUGGUAAUUAAGUUGCCAAAUGGACAUUCUGAAGUAAUCGACUUCCGGGAAACUGCACCACUUGCUGCUAAAAAAGAUAUGUUUGUUGACAAACAAAUCUUUGCUUCUAUCGGUGGAUUGAGUAUCGGUUUUGAUCUUCAAAGUGGUGAAGUCGCAGGAAUGAAACUUGCACACAAAAAACUACCAUGGAAACGCCUUUUUGAGCCUUCAAUUAAUAUGUGCCGUAAGGGGUUUCCCGUGCCUCCAGAACUAGGACUUCGAUUACAGGGCUCAAUUGCAAAAUCAAUAAUAAAAAGAGUCAAGGCUACUGGUGGUAUAAUGACUCUAGAAGAUUUAGAAAAUUAUCGUCCCAUUGUUCGUAAACCUCUAGUUGGGUUUUAUCAUGGUCGAAAGGUCUUGACAACGCCAGAACCGUCAAGUGGUGCCGUAUUAAUAUUCUUACUGAACCUUUUGGAAAAAUAUGAUUUAAAAAGUAGUAAAAUUAACGGUCUUAAUUUACAUAGAAUUGUUGAAUCAUUGAAACUCGGUUUUGCGAGACAGACUGAACUGGGCGAUGCGGCAUUUUUUGAGAAUAAAACAAAACAUGAAUUAAGAAUAGCGGAAAUUAUUUCCAAAGAUUACGCAGAUUUAGUGCGACGUAACAUAUCUGAUAAUGAGCCAUUCGAACCUGAAGAUUAUGAUCCAGUAUUGGAGCCUUUAAAUGAUUAUGGAACAUCACAUUUGUCUGUCAUUGAUGCGGAUGAUAUGGCAGUCUCCGUUACCUCUUCGAUUAACCAGUUUUGGGGAUCACAAGUGGUAGAUCCCGAUACUGAAAUUCUGCUUAAUGAUCAAAUGGAUGAUUUUUCAGUACCUGGUAUACCAGUUAAGUAUGGAUUGCUAUCAUCUCCUUACAAUUUUAUUGCACCUGGAAAAAGACCACUUUCAUCAAUGAUUCCAACAAUUAUUGAAAAAGACGAAAAAUUAGAGCUGGUUGUUGGUGGAAGUGGGGCGAGGAAAAUUAUUUCAUCUGUAUUAGAG